GCAGCGCGCGGUUGUGCGCCUGUCCAAGAUGAUCACACGGCACUUCCUGCUCCUCCCCCUCCCGCACACUCAGCUCUCCUCCCUCCCGAAGUCGAAGUCGCAAAAAAAAAAAAAAAACUGAAAACAAAACUUUGUUUUCCGUGGGCUGUGCGGACACUUUCGUUUCUCCCGCAGCCUUCUGUUUUGAAAGUCAUCCCUGUGAGUAGGCGGCCCUACGUCCCGUCAGACACCGGCAAAGCCCGGCGGGUCCUCGCUUACCGCUGCUGUCACUGCUCAGUAGCAGGGGGCCCUGUCUGUCACAACUCGCUGGUACUGCACGUGGAGUCCCGUGCGUGCCCCUCAUGCUCCCCACACACAGGCUCCAUGACUCACGGCGGCUUCCCUCUGUCAUGCGGGUUAGAUAAGGAGCAGCCGCUCGCCUGUCUGCGCUUCGGCUCCACUGUUUGUUUUUCUGGAGGUGGGCAGGGAUGGAUGGGCACGGAGGAUCGGGCACGUCCCACAUAGCCUCUAAUGCCUGCACCAAAGAGGAGGCUGCCAUGGACCUGUAUCUCAGAUCUCAGGGGCUGUACAGGAAGAGGAUUGCCAAGGAUGGCUCAUGUCUCUUCAGGGCUGUGGCAGAGCAGGUUAUGCAUUCCCAGGCACAACAUCUGGAGAUCAGGAAAUCCUGUAUAAAUUAUCUGCGUGAAAAUAGAAGCCAAUAUGAAGCGUUCAUUGAGGGGCCUUUUGAAGAAUAUUUAAAAAGAUUGGAAAACCCGCAGGAAUGGGUUGGCGAGGUAGAAAUAAGUGCUCUUUCACUGAUGCUAAAAAGAGAUUUUGUGAUUUAUCAAGAACCCAAUGUUCCUCCAGCCUAUGUCACUGAACACGAUUUCUCAGAAAAGAUAUUGCUGUAUUUUUCUAAUGGAAAUCACUAUGACAUCAUCUACCCCAUUGGAUUUGUGGAAAAUGCAUCCUUGUGCCAAUCUAUAGUGUAUGAGCUGCUUUAUGAAAAAGUAUUGGGUGUUGAUGUGACGAAAUGUGUGUUAAAAAUGGACUCCUGUGAAAUGCCAACAGAGGAAGAGGUUUACGACAGUGACGUAUCUGGAUCAGAGGGGGAAGUUACUGGGAGUGAAAAUGCGAGUUUUGCUGACAUGAAUGGAUAUAAGGCUCAUAAAGCUGGCAAGUGGCCUCAAAAAAAGGAUGGAGAUGCUUCGGUUCAUCAGAACGUCCUGCGAUCUCUUAACCCAGCAGUUUACAGAAAUGUUGAAUAUGAAGUUUGGCUGAGGUCACAGAAAGACCAACAAAAACUUGACUUUUCCAUUGCUGCUGGGAUGCAAUAUUCUGCUGGUGAUAAAUGCCAGGUUCGCUUAGAGCCUGGUGGAAAGUUUUAUAAUUGCCACAUUCAGGAAGUUAGUGUGGAGAACGGACCCGUUGUUGUGUUUGUGGAAGAGCUGGGGAAGAAGCAUAAUGUUCAACUGAAAAACCUUAAACCGGUCUCACUGACAAUCGGUAACACAGAUGGCUGGAGCACUGUAUCUGGAAAAAAGAUAAAGAAGGGCCCUGGAAGUGGUUCAAGUGUGCAGCUUGUAAAAGAUCACAGAGGACAAAGGGGCUCCAGCAAACCGAUAAAGCCACAGGCUGCGUCAUCUCCCCAUCCUCAGCAAGGUGCUGGUAACAAAGGCUCGUCAUUGCAGUCAUCAGAUCAGUCAGCCCAGUGUGAGAGCAAGGAACGGAGCAGGACUCCCCCAAAAGUGCCUGGAAGGAAGCUUGAGCGAACUGAAGAAUCUUGUUACUUCAAACGCGAGAGUGUCCAUUUUGGUCUGACUCCAGAAGAGCGUCAGGAGAGACAAGUCAUCGAGGAGUCAAGGUCUUUGUACGAGCUGCAAAGCAGGGACCAGGAUGCAUUUCCGGCCCUUUCGGCUCCUUCUCUGGACCAGACUGCAGUUCAGUGUAGUGAGGGCUUCCCUGCAAAAAAAGCCCUAAAUCCAAACCCAGAAAAAAGCACGAAGAAAACAUCUGAAGGGGAAGAUCACAAACAGAAAGCUUCCAAAUUGGCUCAGUCGACAAAAGAGAAGGAUCAGAAAGCAGCUGAGAAUGUAACUGAGACACCUGCUACCUCAGACGUUGCCUCUGUUCUUCCAUCCCCUGCUGAGCUUCCUACUCCAACCACAGUGCCUUCUGCAUCCCCGGCUGAAACGGAAUGGUCAGGUAUUCCAGCACCCACACCUGCACCAUAUGGGGCAGGACCAGAUUCUAGUGUGUUACAACCUCAGGUAACAUCACCUGCAUUCACGCAGCUUCCAGUUUCAGUACCAGCUGUUAACCAACCCUUACUGCCUAUACCUCAGGCACUGAGUGCUUUUCAGGACCCUCUCUAUCCUGGCUUCCCUUUGAAUGAAAAGGGUGAAAGUGCCACUUUACCUCCCUAUUCAUUUUGCAAGACCGGGGAAGACCUUCCCAUGGAUAAAAAUAUUUUACGAUUCUUUUUCAACCUUGGCUUAAAGGCAUAUACAUAUAACAUGUGGCCUCCACAAUCAUACCUGUACCCUCUCCAGCAAGCGUAUGUAAACAUGUACAGGGUGUACCCAAAUAUUCAGUUGUACCCACAAGGCCAUUGGAUACCAGAGGCUCCCGUAGCACAGAGUGAAGUAGAUCCUCCGGUUCUUAUCCAAAGGGAAUUAAGGGCAGAUGAUGAACACCCUCAGCCAGCAACUGUCCCCCCAACACUGGUACCUGCAUUACUGGAAACCCCUGAAAUAGCAGAGCAAGUACCUAAUCAGCCUGGAUCAAAGAUGAAGAAUCAAGAUGGGCCUCAAAGUGGAAAUUUUGAAAGUGUGGCCAAGUCAAUGACCCCACAGCCGGCAUUCGGGCAAGGUGCAUACAUGGGAACUCUUCCUAUGGCUCCUUCAUUUUUCCCUCAUUUUUGGUAUGGAUACCCAUAUCAAGCAUACGUUGAGAAUCCUGUUGUCCAGCAUAAUGUUUUCAUAACCUCCCAGGACAGGGUAGUGCCUGAGAAUAUUUCAUCAGGAGGGGCUAUAGAAAAUAAUUUGUCCGUUCAAGGAGCAGUAAAGCAGCUAGUAGAUUCAGGGAGUCCAACCAAACCUGGUGUGCCCCCUACCCUGGCUGGAGCAAUACACAAUCAGACUGGUUCAGUCAUUUCCCAGGAGGCACAAAUGAUAACCACUAGCGUUCCUUUAACUAUGGCUGGCCAACAAGAUCCUCCAGCAAAGAUGAUUGACAAUAGUGCAACGCCUAUGUUAACACAAGCCAUAACUAGUGAAGCUGGCAGCGCUGUGGCAGAUUGUAAAGUGUCGGCAGAGAAAGGCUUGACUAUGGGAAGCUGUCAGAUGAACCGUCUAGACGAAAAGUCUCCGAGGGCAAGGGAGGAGAGUUCCGAGGAUGAGAGGGAAGUGUCCAACAUGCUGAAUAGUGGCAGAUCAAAGAACUUUUACAACCAGACAUAUGGCGUCAGGAGGCCUAGAAAUGAGAAGUUUUACCAGCCCGGCAGAGGAGGCUACCAACACAUACGUAAUGAGGAUGCCUGGAGAGGACAAAGAGGAAGAGAGGAUGGCUAUCCACAUUACAGAGGUUUCAGAGGCAGACCAUACAGAAGACGAUCGAUGGGGGAGAAUUUCAGAGCACAGCACGAAUAGUGGCCUUUCCUAUGCUAUUGCAAAACAGACUUUAAUUUAUUCAGUUGGAGUAUUUUCCCAGAGAAGAUAAAACUGAUAUAAUGAACUGGGUUCUGGGAAAGGUUUAAGAAGGGUACAGCAUAUACUCCUGGACUAUAUAUCCUGUGGUUUUUGACUGGGUUUAUAUUUAUAUAUAUUUUCCCAUAGCACUUAUAUGAUGGCAAACAGGACAUUGGAAUGUGGGGGUCUUUUUCUCUCUCCCAUAUAAAGCAAAGGUCCUCUUUCUAUUUUGACGGGUCAUACUUAUCUACUGUGUGGGGACAGCAAUGGUCUGCUGCAAACUUUUUUAAGCACUAAAAAUGUUUUCUCUGAAUGUUAUUGCAACGGAAAAUGAAUUCUUGCGCCAAAUAUAAGUGUUAAUUUGGGGCAUAUAAAAAUGCCUUAUGGUUUUGCCGGUUCUGGUAUAUACGAUGUUCUUGAAUGUGCUUCCGUUUCACAGGCUUUUGAAUCUGCAAGUUUAUUUCUUACAGCAGAUGUGAUUAAUAGCAAACAGUUUUGGUAUAUCCUCAGUGGACAUAAUUGAAGUGAAUCGCAUGUCUAUCUAAAAAAAAAAAAACAAAAAAAAAAAAGCAGAAAGGGAAAUAGUAUCUGAAAAGUAAAGGGGUUAUAUUAUAUUCAUGCUAUGCAUAGUCUUUGCUGCCACCAUUCUCAUCGAUAUGUCAGGCUGUUUUUCAAAUGAUAUAUUAGCCCCUCUUAGAUAGAGCGAUGGAGGCAGCCAUCACCCUGCUUCUGGUACAGAAAUCCAAAUUUGAAGAGGUUGAAAUCUCCAAUAAC